AUGAGUCAUCGUACAUCUGCAUUACCCUCCUCCAAAAAAACACAUCUGGAACGUCACAAACAGAUUCUAAAGCAGUUGCUCAAAGAAGAACCAAAUCGCUCAUGUGCUGAUUGUAAAAUUAACAAAAAUCCUAGGUGGGCAUCAUGGAACCUUGGAUGUUUCAUAUGUAUCAGAUGCUCGGGUAUUCAUAGGAGUAUGGGUACUCACAUUUCAAAAGUAAAAUCAGUUGAUUUAGAUGCGUGGACCGAUGAUCAGAUUGAAAAUAUUGUUCAAUGGGGCAAUGCCAAAUGUAACGGGUUUUGGGAAGCUAAAUUACCAGAAGGUUACGUACCUGAUCAAUCAAAAAUUGAAAAUUUUAUAAGAACAAAGUAUGAUUUGAAAAAAUGGUGUUUGUCAUCAACGAUCCCAAAUCCUGCAAGCAUCAAGGGAAAGACCACCACAACUAAUGACACCACUGCAUCUUCAACAACCCAACUGAAAUUGAAUCCACCUAAACUAAAGAAAAAUCAGACCGCUCCCGCUCCAAAAUCAGACUCCUUAUUAGAUGACGAGUUUGGAUUGUUUACGUCGCAUAAAUCGUCAACAUCAACAACUAAAUCAACUCAUUCACGUGCUCCACCCGUAGCAACCAGAGUAACAUUAGGCACAUCAGCGGUAUCUACUGACUCAAAGCCCCCACAGCAAAUACAAUCGGCUCAAUCCACAGGAGGAUCAAUGUCGAGCAACUCGAGACCAGACUUGAAGAAAUCGAUUCUUUCAUUAUAUGCAUCACCAUCAGCAUCCAAUAGCUUUGUUCAGUCGCCACAACACCCAAACAAAACAAGCCCUAGUGUAAACUCUUUGUCUGAUUCAUUAGCUGGGCUUCAAUUUGCACCAUCUCAGUCUACGUCCAUCUUGAGUAAUGGUAACAAUAAUGGUGGUGCACUUUACAACAAACCGCAAGCCCAAUCCACGGGAUCAUUAAAUGCAACUCAAAAAGUUUCUGCGUCAACAUCAACGCCUUGGAACUCAGAAUGGAAUGACUCUUCUUCAUCGUCAUACACAACUCCCAAAUCGAAUCUAAAUGUCACGUUAGACGACGAUUUAUUCAAGAAUGUAUGGAGUUGA